AUGGCCGAUGAAGAAGCUCAUCAUACUGAAGACUCAAUUGCAGUAAAUAGAUCAAGGCGGACACAGAAAUUAAUUGACUUCACUGAGGAUGAAAUUGAAGAAGAAAAUGUACAGGAAGCCGUACCUGUCUUUAAACAGCCUCAACAACCACCGGUAAGAAGAAAAACAACUAAAAAAGAUAACACAUUAGAACUUGAAUUAGAACGCGAGAAAAUUGCUCUUGAACGCGAAAAAGUUAAAAUGGAAAUGGAAAAACUGGCACUGGAAAGGGAAAAACUUCAGAUGAAACCUACAGAAAAUCCUUUAUCAAAUUCGGCUGCAUUUAAAAUUAAAUUACAACCGUUCAAUCCAAAAUCAGAUGAUAUUUUGACCUUUCUCUCCGAAUUUGAGGCUGUAUGUGACCAAGCAGAAUGGACAGAAAACAUAAAAAUUCUUCAAUUAAGGACACUCUUAACUGGACAAACUAGACAUGUGUCAUCGCAAGCAUCAACAUCUUAUCACGAUUUGAGGAAAGCCCUCAUAGAACGAUACGGUAAAAGACCUCAUGAGUACUUUUCUGACUUGUUAUCAGUGAAAAGAGAAGGAAACGAAACAUAUAGAGGACUUAUGUCCAGAAUUGAUAUGUAUCUAAAGAGGUGCAUAGAGGAAAAAGAUCCGAUUGAGACCCUACGAGACGAAUUCUUUUUGAAAGCUCUACCAUCAUCACAGGCACAGUGGGUGAGAAGAAACAAGGGAUCAUCUAGCAUCGUGGAGGCCGCCGAGGACUACAUUCCCCCCAAACCAAUCGCUCAGGGAUUUACUGGGAAUGGAAAACCAACUGGACCAGGAAAUGGUCAAAACCAGAGCAGUCACAGGAAGGAUGUGACAUGCUUUAAGUGCAACGGAAAAGGACAUUUUGCGAAUAAAUGCCCUAAAAUUUCACUAGCAUCCAGAAUUAUAGACCACUCUUGUGAUGGAUUGAUCUACUUACCUGGAUUUGUCAAUGAUCGGGAAGUAUCCUUUGUUAAGGAUACAGGUGCGUCAUUAACACUUGUGCGGGAGGACUUAGUUAAUCAGAGCAGUGUUUUAGACGGACAUAAAACAACUCUUUACACAGCGAUUGGCCAACCGUUUGAAGCCAAGUUAGCUGUUGUGAAACUUGACACUCCAUACUACAAAGGAUAUGCUCAAGUUGGACUAGUCCCCUCCCUUGUAGCAGAUGCUCUACUUGGAAAUGAUGUCAUUAGCAGAAAAAGUGCUAAUUUUGUCACCAGAUCUAUGGCAUUGAAAGCUCUGGAUGAUGACAAAAACAUGGAAAAGAAGAUGGAGGACUCAGGAGUGCUACCAAAAUCAAUUGAUGAUUUGACGGAUGAUAGUAAACCUACAGAUACGAUACAGAGUAAUGAAAUAAAUUCCAUGAAUGCUGAGAAACUAGCCCGACUACAAAAAGAGGACAACACCCUAAAAGCUUGUCGUGACAAAGCAGUGGAUUACAACACAGCCCAAGAUAGCCCACCUGCUUUUUACUAUGAGAACGAAAUACUUAAGAGAAAAUGGAAAACUAAGGAUGGAUUACGAGAAGGAAACCAAAUUGUGUUACCAACCAGCCUCAGAAAAUCAAUCUUGGAGCUAGCGCAUGACCAACCAUUCGCAGGACACCUAGGCACCGAAAAAACAAAGGAACGCAUUCUGCGCUCUUUCUACUGGCCUGGAUUAUUCGCCGAUGUAAGUGAGUACUGUUCGUCGUGUGAUGUGUGUCAAAAAGUGGCAAAACGUACACAUGUCAAAGCUCCAAUGAUCAACACACCAGUCAUCACUGAACCAUUUUACAAAAUUUCAAUGGAUAUCGUUGGCCCUCUAUCAAAAUCCAAGAGAGGAAACAGAUUCAUUCUUACAAUAGUUGAUGAUGCAACGAGGUAUCCAGAGGCAUUCGCAUUGAAAAGUUGUGACGCCGAAAGCGUAGCAAACGCGCUCAUGGAAUUGUUUAGUCGUGUGGGAGUACCAAAAAUUAUACUAACUGAUCAAGGAACCAAUUUUACAAGUCAGCUUAUGAAAGACCUAUUUGCGUUGUUGAAAGUGAAAGGAAUUACAACAUCACCUUAUCAUCCGCAAGCCAAUGGGAAAACAGAGCGUUUUAAUGGUACGUUGAAGUCAAUUUUGAAGAAACUAUGCACUCAAGAGGAAUCCGACUGGGAUACUUUAUUAUCAUAUGCCUUGUUUGCGUAUCGUGAAGUCCCUCAUGAGGAGACGGGAUUUGCACCUUUUGAACUUCUGUAUGGAUGGCCAGUCCGUGGACCGACACAAAUAAUCAAAGAAUUCAUGGCAGGCGAGGAAGGAAUCCAGAUGUCUGUCGUUGAACAUGUUGCGGGAAUGCGACAAAAACUUAGGGAUAUCACAUCACAGGUAAAGGACAACCUAUUAAAACGUAAGACAUUAAUUAAACGUUGGUAUGACAAGUCAGCUACUGAAAGGAGGUUUUAUCCUGGAGACGAAGUUCUUGUCUUACUUCCGUCUGACACCUCUAGGAUGGUGGCCCAGUGGAAAGGGCCAUUCCGAGUUACAGAGCGUGUUAAUGAUGUAAAUUAUAAAGUCAACGUUGGAGGACGUCGUGGUGUGGUCGUCUAUCACAUCAAUUUACUACGAGAAUACAGACGUGCAGCUUUACUCGUGACUGACCGAACUGAGGAAACUGAUGGACUAGAAGAAGCUUUUCCUUAUGAAAGAACGGAAACCAUUGACGAUUUGAAGUUUGGAGACAACUUAAACCAAAAUCAGCGCAAAGAACUAAGGGACCUUUGUUCCAAAUAUGAAACCGUAUUCACAGACAAACCUGGACAUUGUAACCUGACGGAACAUCAAAUUCGUACAACAACCGAAACUCCGAUCAGUCUAAGACCCUACAGAAUUCCAGAAGCAAAACAAGAAUGCGUAAAGAAAGCACUAAAUGAAAUGCUAGAGCAAGGACAUAUCCAAAAAUCGAACAGCCCUUGGAGUUCCCCUGUUGUCCUUGUCAACAAACCAGAUGGCUCUAUCAGGAUCUGUAUUGACUACAGAAAACUUAACGAAAUAACUGUCUCCGACGCUUAUCCAGUCCCUCGAAUUAAUGAUAUCUUGGAAAAAGUAGGCAAAGCAAAAUAUCUUAGUCAUUUUGACCUCGUGAAAGGUUAUUGGCAAGUCCCCCUUUCAAAGGAUUCACGAGAAAAAUCGGCAUUUGUGACACCAUACGGACUGUAUGAAUUUUUAGUUAUGCCAUUUGGAAUGAAAACAUCACCUGCAACCUUUAUACGCCUGAUGGACAGCGUGUUGUGCGACGUAGAUAAUGUUGUUGCUUAUUUUGAUGAUAUUGUCAUAUUUUCCGAUUCUUGGAAAACUCAUCUCGAGGACAUCGAGAAUGUCGUUAGAAAACUACAGAUGGUGAAUUUGACGAUACGACCGUCAAAGUGCAAAUUAGGUGCUGAGAAAAUAAAAUGCCUUGGGCACAUUGUGGGCAACGGAGUCACACAACCUGACCCAAACAAAGUUACAGCGGUGAAAGAAUUCCCACUACCAAUCACAAAGAGAGAUUUGAAAUCGUUUCUCGGGCUUACUGGAUAUUACAGGCAGUAUAUCCAAAAUUAUGCCAAAAUUUCCGUCACCUUGACAGACAUGUUGAAGAAAAUGCAACCUAAUAAAAUCAAAUGGACGACAGAGGCAACCAAAGCAUUCAAAGACCUAAAAGAAGCGCUAACAUCAGCCCCUGUUUUAAUUACGCCCGACUUCCAAAAAGUUUUUACGUUACAAACAGAUGCGAGUCAAUUCGCUAUUGGUGCAGUUCUGAGCCAGGAUCUGGAGGACGGCGAUCACCCCGUGGCCUACCUCAGCAGGAAACUAUUACCGAGAGAACAAAAUUACUCGACCAUCGAAAAAGAACUCCUAGCAAUCGUUUGGGCCAUAGGAUCCUUCGCGUAUUAUCUUGAUGGUAGAAAAUUUUGCGUAGAAACUGACCACAACCCGUUGAGUUGGCUACACAAAAUGAAGAACAAUAAUCAAAGACUUUUGCGUUGGGCCCUCUCACUGCAGAUUUAUGACUUUGAAAUACGAUAUCGUAAGGCAUCAAAGAACCAAAACGCGGACAGUCUCUCGCGCUGCUGA